UCUUUCCUGUUCGAAUCGAAAAUACUAGCAACUAGGGUUUAAGAAGAUUUGCCUUUGUAACGCCACUUCCCAUAAUUUUCGCUUUCUGCGUAUACACAUACAUAUAUAACUUGGCUAUUCUUCGGUAUGACAACCAUGAAACUUACCUUCAGAACCCAAAGUUUAGUCCGACCAUGGUGAGCUAUUUACAUGAUUCUAUUACUGAAGAAGAGAGAGUAGAACAAGAAGAAGAGGAACUAGAAAACCUGAAAAACCAAUCUUUAUCAGAACUCAAGAAACCAUAUUUACUAAACGACCAACUUGAUCUCUGUCUUCCAGGUCUUGAAGACUUCUCUUUAUCUUUUGCUGAUUCCUUUCUUGAUUUUGAUUCAGUAAUGGCUGAUUUUGGAGAAAAACCAGUUCAUAUUGGCUCAAAUGAUACUGAAUUUGAGGUUGUUGAGAAGGGUUUGGAAGUUGAUAAUGAUGAUUUUGUUGGGAAAACUCUGGUUAAAGAGGAGUUAAAUGGAGAUGGGUUUUGUGGUAAGGUGGGCCAAGAAGAGGGUGGAAUUGGUAGCGUUGAGAAGGUUGCUGAUGGAUUUAUCGAGACAAAUAAGGUUGAGGAGGAGUUGAACGGAGAUGGGCUUUGUGGGAAGUUGGCAGAUUAUAGGUGUUUGAUUGAGGAAGAGAUUGGAAAAGUUACUCUGGAUGGGUCAAAUGGCUCAACUUCACUUGGUGUCGAAGGACAAACAGGUAAUAUGAGUGACAAAUGUGAAUUCCCCAAUGAUAAUUAUGCAGAAUAUUCUAAAGAUGUGAGCCUCCACGAGUGUGAGUUGAAGAGUGGUAAUAUAGUGAUUGAUAAUGGGAACGAAAUGGGGAUUGGUGAUUCUGAUAAUGGAGAGGAUGAUAUUGAAAGUGAUAUGGAGUCGGAAAACAAGAGUUCGUCAUCUUCAUCUUCGUCCUCAUCUUCUAAUAGUGAGGAAGAGGAUGAAGAUGAAGCUUCGGAAGAAGAGGAGGAAAGUGGGGAUGAGAAGAAAGCAGAUAAUGAGGUUGGGUUUGCUGGGGGGAAACUGGACAUAGAAGAAGGUGAGAUAAUGUUGUCUGAUGCAGAUGAGAUGAUUGCUUGGAGUGAAGAUGGAGAUGAUGAAGAUGGUGGAAGAGGUAUGGCAGGGCCCAUCAGGUCUAAGAACGAACUCCAGGUUCUGCCCCCAGUUCCUUCUGUGAAUGUAACUUUGGAACCACAUCAUCAAAUCCUGCCUAUUGGAAUGGUUUUAUCGAUCAUAGGUGCACAGGUCAUUGUAGAAGGGGUGGAGAAUCAUAAUCCUCUGAACGAGGGCUCGAUUCUUUGGAUAACUGAAAGCAGAUCAGCACUUGGAAUAGUGGAUGAAGUUUUUGGGCCAGUGAAGAACCCUUAUUAUAUUGUGAGAUACAAUUCAGAGACUGAAGUCCCAGCAAAUAUUCAGCAAGGAACAUUAAUCUCUUUUGUUCCAGAGUUUGUAAAUCAUGUACUCCAUGAUAAGAAUCUUUACCAGAAAGGGUACGAUGCUUCAGGAGAAAAUGAUGAGGAGAAGUCGGAUGAGGUAGAAUUUUCGGAUGAUGAAAAGGAGACCGAGUAUAGGAGGAUGCUUAAAAUGAAGAAAAGGGGCACAAAUGACCCGAAGCUUGGAACGAAGAAAAGGGAUAAAAAGCAAUUCAAAAAUCGAUCUGGCAACUGGAACUGUGAUCAAGUUGCAAUGGGUAAAACCUCUGCCGGAGAUAAUAACCUAUUAAUUGAUCAAAACCAGAAUUCAGUCCGCCCACCAGUUGGGCCAUCUGUGGAUCAAGGACGUGCUAUGGUUCCUUCGUUUGCACCAAGGGCACAAACUCCGGGUUUUUACCCCCCAAAUGGAAAUUGGACUAAUGGGUUCCCGUGUCAACAGGCCCAAAGUAUGGGCCUUCCUACUGGAUUGCCGGGAAACAGUAUUCCAUGGUUACCACAGACUCAUCCUCAACAAUUUUUUCAAAUGCCUUUGCAAACUGGUGUAUCACUGCAACAUCAAAGCAAUACAAUUCCUGGGUUGCCUUUUAACUUUGUUUUACCAGGUGGGCAAGCAAAUUUUGUUGGAGGCCCAACAUUUGCACCUGCACCCUGGAUGGGUCAAAAUGUGUUGAACCAGCCACCAUUUGGAAUGGGUUUACAUGGCCAACAAACCUCUCCGCCUGUGAAUGUGGAAGGACAAGCGGUUCAACUGAAUGGAUAUAAUCCUAAUUUACAACAAUCUCCUGUAACUUCAGAGAGACCUCAUGAUCGAGGUAUUGGUGGUGGGGGGAGAAAUGUGCAUCAGAACAGAGGUGGGCGUUUUGGACGUGGGAGAGGCAGGCAGAGAGGCCGCUAGGAUUGAAUAUACUUUCUUGACACCUCAAACUACAGUAUUUAUUUUCUGCUCGUGGUUGUGGAAGAACAAGCUGUUCAGUGUUUAGCAUAAUCAGUUGCAAUUGGGGUAUGAUUGUAAUUUGCAGCAAUCUUCCUUGACAUCAAGGAGACAUUAUAGUGGAGGUAUUGGCAGUGGGAAGAGGGCAUCUGGACGUUUGAGACGCAGGAGAUAGAUGCAGAAAGGCAGCUAAAAGGUUGCAGACUCUUUCUUGAUACCUUUGAACUACAAUAUCUUUGGCAUGCUCGAUAAUUUAAGGUUCCAUAACCUUGCAUUUUUCUACAUGUAUUUUAUUUUUGUUUUAUAUCCGAGGUACUAAUUUUCAUGGUUGUGACAAUUUUAUAUGUUUAUCAUGUGCCUUUUGAUUUUCCA